GACGACCUGAAGGACACCAGGUUCGACCGUCAUCGCGAGCGCAGGGUGCCCAGCUGGUUCGAGAAGACUUUCUUCGAAGAGAAAGAGCCAGACGACGCCAGCCGGGACCUGCGCGGCAUGUGGCUGCGCCCCGAGACCGCCAUCACCGAGGCGAAGUUCGAGCUGGACGUCGGGGAGUCGCAGAUGGCGGACGGGGUGCGUCAGCUGGUCGACGCGUUCGACGCCUUCGUCAUUGACCCCAAGGGUACCCUGCACGACGGGGCCUCGCACUCGCGAGUAGCAGGCAUCAUCGAGCUCGAGAGCGUCAGCGAGGAUCGUGCUGUGACGAUCGGGGAGGUGUCCCACGAGCAGGUGACACUGUUCAACCUUCUGAACUGGGUGCACAUACAGUUCUCGGUUGUGGUGACGUCCAAUGACACGGACGCGAAGAACGACAAUUUUGGAUUCAGUUUCACGCAGAUGCAGGGGCAAAAUGCAACGGAGGCGCAGACAUGGAUCUGCGCUGCUGGAGUGGCAGAGUCUUCAAUGAAGAUCAUCCAGGACAUCGUGUGGUAUCGGGUUUGUUCAAAGUAUCAUCCACACGAGCUGUGCAACUACGAGCUGCGUCAGGCCAUCUCCCUGACGGAUGCGCUCAACAUGGUCACGGACCUAGAGGGCGGCCGCGGGUUAGGCUACAAGCAAAAUGGUGCACUGUUCUUCAGAGUCGAGAAGUCGAAGUCAGGUCUCGCCACUAUCCUUUCUGCAAAUAUUACCAGCUGGAAUACUUUUUCUGGCCGCCUUGCUCUCAUGAAUGCAGAUGUCCUUGCGCUGCAGGAGACACGCCUCAAUUUGAAGGAGCAGAUGGCUUGCACUAAAGACGCCGAGGCCCUGGGCGACCAGCCUGUGGUCAUGCGCGUGGACUCGAAUACGACAAUUGCACAAACAUCCACGCUAUCCGCAGCCCUGGCUACAGGGAGAUGGCACGAUGUUGGAGCUAUGUUUGGAGGAGAACCUACUUACGGCCUGGACCCGAAGUGGGACAAGUACUCGACAGGCAAUCACGUUACACGGCCUGAUCUUAUUUUGGUCAGUACGUCAGCUCGAGAUUCCAUCCACUCUUUUCGCUUGCGACGGGACCUGGGGAUCAAGUGCCACCUAGGUCUGGAGCUCACGCUGAAUAUCACCAAGCUCGCAGAGGUCUGGCAAAGGUAUCGUAUGCCUGUGGCCUACCCCGUUGAGCUAGUCAAGAAGAUCCCUGAGGAGGAAAACGAAGCGUUGGGCAAAGAAUGUGUGGAUGAGUAUUAUGACCGGUUCUACGAGGCACUGGACAAAGAAGAUGCAAAUACAGCGUGGUCUCUCAUCGGGCAGAUGGGCGAAGCUUUUCUGGAGAAACGUCUUGCGCAUACCAACAUCAAGUUUGAUUUUCGGUACCGUGGACGAAGCAAGAUGCCAGCGCUUGUUGAGCAAUCUGUGGUUGCUCCGACGUCGGCAAAAGAUCCUGCCCGAGAAGGUCCCACUACCUCCAAGUUGCGGCAGAUCGAGAAUGUACUCCACCGUCUCACUGAGCUCUCAAAGAAGAUUCACAUCUACUUCCAGGGCACAGAGGGUUAUCAAUCCAAUGAGAUAGUCACCAAGCGCACUGACAUCCUGGACCACAUCAACCGUUACUGGAGCACGAUUUUCAAUAAACCUGAUCUCUGUGACUGGGAUAAGUUCUCUGCACGCUUUGGACGCUAUAUCCCAUCUUGCCAGUGCACCAUCACUGACAUCACAGGCUCCAGGCUGCUCAAGCAAUUCAGAAAGAUGGGAAUUACACGAGCUGUGGCGGCCGAUGGCUGGAGAGUCGGCGAACUUCGAUUGCUGCCUCUUACCAUCUGCGAGCUGAUAGCCGUUGCCCUAAAAGGUAUUGAGGACCAGUGGCUUCCCUGGCCAGAUGUUAUGUGCACGGGUAUCACGUCCUGUUUACCCAAAUGGGACCCAGAGGCAGACCUUGCCUCGACCUGUGAACCAGAUGAAGUGUGGCUGGCCACGGUGGAUCAAACGCGGCCGAUCACCAACCUUUCGCCAAUCUACACUGCCUUGACAGGACCAGGUCAUGCUGCAAAGACAACGCGUGCCACCAGUAUAUCCUUGGAGUUCGACGGCCUCAGUGGCACGGUCACGAACCUCAGCAAGACUAAGCAUUAUGCAACAACGCACAAGGCCGAGAAUGAGCUGUCCUUCGCCCUGCGGGCGGCUGGCGGGCUGAACGCAGUCUACGGCCAGAUGAUGACGAAGAAGAUAAUCCUGACAGUGUCAAGCCUCAGCCCCCACUUCUACUGGAUGCGGUGGAUGUUGCCGUGCCGAAGCCGACACGAGAACAAGUACCUUUUCUGCGAGCCUUGCUCCAAGGAGCAACUGUCACAGGUCACAGGCUUCACCACAUCACGGGCCAACGAGAUCAUCGAUAUUGCCCUUUUUGUGGAGACCCUGACGAAGAUAUGGAUCAUAUCCUCCUGCAUUGCCCUCAGUGGACCCAGCAGCGCCAACCGUUGCUCGACCACUACACGAAGGAUGAGAUCCUUGCCCUACCUGUAUGUUACCGACAAUGUGGCCUCUGUCCAGACAGACCAGUAUAUGACAACUUCGCAUCUGAGCUGCUGCCUGACGAACCUGAUCUUCCACCUCCCCCUCAUCAUGCGGAUGGGAACUACGAGCCAGGAUCAGAUUGUUUCCGCAUUGAGAAGAUCAAAGCACAUCGCAAAAGAGAUGAAGUACCCCCAGAAGAUCUACCUGACUGGGAGGCUAACAAACAAGCAGAUGAUAGCGCUGUCCGAGCUGCACGCCAACAUAGUGUGCCAGAGGACAUCAGACACCAACAUCUGCGAGAUCAGCAUCUAUGUUACACUCUUCAGCACACAGCCACGAUUAUCUUGGCUGCACGUGCAAAGCAACUUCAGGCUAUGGGAAGAGAUACUCAUCAUGCCCGAUGCGCUCAAGCCCAAGCUAUGCAAAAUGCCGAACUGGAAGGUGCAGACCCCCAAUGGCCAGACGAGGAUGCUGAGGCCAACCUGCACAAGCACCAAUGCGCCGCCUGAGGAGCAAAACAUCGCGACCUACAGCGACACCCUGUACUACAGAUACGCCACCGACAACCACCCCAGCCUCAUCAUCACGACCGGCUGUGGACCCUGCAACAUCAGCGCCGUCAAGCUCCGCGUGGGCACGACCAGCUUUGGAUCAGAUGACUACCAAUCCUUUGACUUGGAGUCCGAAGAUGGUCGCUCGCAGGACAACAGCGCGUAG